UCUUGCACAGGGUGUACCGGCUCCUCCCCUUCAGUCUUGCACAGGUGUAGCGGCUCCUCUCCUUCAGUCUUGCACAGGUGUACCGGCUCCUCCCCUUCAGUCUUGCACAGGUGUACGGCUCCUCCCCUUCAGUCUAGCACAGGUGUACCGGCUCCUCCCCUUCAGUCUUGCACAGGUGUACUGGCUCCUCCCCUUCAGUCUAGCACAGGUGUACCCGCUCCUCCCCUUCAGUCUCGCACAGGUGUACCGGCUCCUCCCCUUCAGUCUUGCACAGGUGUACCGGCUCCUCCCCUUCAGUCUUGCACAGGUGUACCGGCUCCUCCCCUUCAGUCUUGCACAGGUGUAGCGGCUCCUCCCCUUCAGUCUUGCACAGCUGUACCGGCUCCUCCCCUUCAGUCUUGCACAGCUGUACCGGCUCCUCCCCUUCAGUCUUGCACAGGUGUACCGGCUCCUCCCCUUCAGUCUUGCACAGGUGUACCAGCCCCUCCCCUUCAGUCUUGCACAGGUGUACCGGCUCCUCCCCUUCAGUCUUGCACAGGUGUACCGGCUCCUCCCCUCAGUCUCGCACAGGGUGUACCGGCUCCUCCCCUUCAGUCUUGCACAGGUGUACCG